ACUUAAAUAUUUAAAUUUACCCAUACACAAACUACUAUUGGGGGAUCAUAAUCAUUUUUCUAAAUUUUAGCUACCACUUAAAUAUUUUUUUACCGAUAUGCAAACUAUUAUCGGGGGUUGAAUAAUUCUGUUCCUGAGACACCCCUAGAACCCAUGGAUCCGCCAGACCGCCACUGCCCAAACCUGUGUGACCAUUUUGAUUAAUUAACCCUCAUUCUAACUCCUAACUUCACUGGUGACAUUAUCACCAUCAUAAAAAAAGUACGAAGUUUGCUUAUUAAUUGAAGAUUUAUUUAUCUUUAUUCCAUGGAUACUCACAAAUAAUUGAUGGGAUUGAAUGCUUUUUUAUUUGAUUUGUAUUCUUAAAUGUAUCUUUAAUUUUUAUGCUAUGGUAGAUUAUAUGAUUGACAAUAAAUUAUGGAAUUUUUUUUGAGAAAUGACUAUGAUAAGUGUAAUUUUAAGAAUGAAAUUUUAUUUCAAAUCGACUGAAAGUGAAGUAGGUAAUGAGUUAAAUUUAAAUAAUUUGUGUAAUUUAAGACGAAUAAUAAUUUUUAAAGAUUAGCUUACAAAGUGGGUGUUUGUCUUACUUUUUUGGCACACACUAUGAUAACCUACAUGCAUUGAAGUAUUUAACCAUUUUUUUUUUAUCAAUCGCCAACCCAAAAAAUUUUAGUUACUAUAAGUCAUUUGGUUAGUGCUUACAAUUAUUUUGUAGAAACAUGAAGAAGUUAUUGAAAAUAAACUCCUUUGGCAAAUGAAAAUUCUCACGGUGGGAGAAGUUAUCAUUGGAGAAGGUAGUUGAUAUGGGGUUCGGGAACUCGAUUAAACCAUAGGAAAAAAAUAUGAGUUUACUUAAAAGAUAAUUAUCUUGCCCUAUUCAUGCCAAUUAUUUUCCACUUUCUUCAUAUAAUGGAAAAAUUAACCCAUUAAAUUAUUUGGUUAUAAAUAGUAGUUCAAAAUAGAUAAUUACAGAAGAUCGAGCAAUCAAACAUGGUAGUUGACAAAUAGUGGAAAUAGAAGGGUAGUACAAUUGAUUCAUAAAAAAAAGGUAGUAGAAUUGAUAUAUUUUUAAUCCAAAAAUAAUCUACCUUUUUUGUUUAAGAAUCGCAGAUGAUUUAUGUUUUGAUUCUAUAAAAAAAAUUCAAUAUUUUGCAUCAUCUUGGAGUAGUUUUAUAUAUUUUUCUUUAUCUAAUUUCAUUAAAUUUCCGUUAAUAUUUCUCUUUCCUAGUAUUUUUCCUUUACUUUUAUUAUCCUCACCGUAAUUAAAGCAAUUAUCUCUCCCCGUAAUCUCUAUAUAUACAUCGCCCAUUAAUUAGUAACAGAAUUUGUUUUGGGUAAUCUCUCUCCCUCAUUAUUUUUAGGAAGAGAAUCCAUUUCCGUGACUCGAAGCACAAAUAAAAAUAAUACAUAAAUAAAACGCCCAUACGAAUUGUGCGGAUUAGAGAACAACGACUGACUAAUUAAUGUGGCAGAAUUUUUUUUUUUUUUUUUUUUGACAUUGCAUUAUAUUCAACGCGGCAAAAUCGCUUCCUCAUCCACCGCCGCAACUAUUUAAUUGUUCAAGAAGAGUAAUUAAGGAAGCAAAAUUAACAAAUGGAUGAAUAUUACUGUCACGUGCCGGCGUCUAUUCCAAUCAUCUUGGAAGUGCUCGUGAUUCUGUUGCCGGCGGUGGGGUUGUACUUGACCCUCUGCUGGCCGCAAACGUCGGGCCCGGGAGUCAUCGUAGGCGAGAUUCUCAAGUUGGAGGCCGCCGGCGGCGGGGCGCGAGAUGAUCGGUGCCCCAUUUGCUUGCAAGAGUUCAAGGGAGGAGAUGAGUGUGUGGAUCUGACGGUGUGCCGCCAUUUUUAUCACAAGCGAUGCAUCGACGCGUGGCUCGGUAAAAACUGUAUCUGCCCUCUCUGUCGAGCCUCUGUUUGCCGCCGGCCAGCCUCGUCGUCGUCAACGACUGCUGCAACACCGGCGGCAGCUUAAUUCUACCCAUUAAGAAAAUGAACCUUUUGUAAGUAUCUUCAGUUAUGACAUACUGCAAUAACUUUGAUACAAUAUUUGAGUUGAUUAAUUACAUGGAGGCAAUGAUGAUUGACUUGUAACUCUCUACACAUAAUCUCCUCCAAUACUAUAUACUAGAGUUUUGUCUACUUUUCUCUAUUUCAAAUUUUCUGUGAAACGAGAGUGAGAGUAGGAAAGACAUUUUUGUUUAAUUAAUUAUUUAUUCCAUACAAUAUCAGGAUUUGAACUCGAUCGGGUCUUUUCAAACAAUCGCAACCAAUUACACUAUACACGAACUGAGGCCCCGGAAAUCAGAGGACUUUUUCAUCAUGAUUAGCAAGUCCACUAACUCUACCGUAUGUAUUUUAGUGGUGCUUGAUACUGCAAUUUUCAUGUAGUGUCUCAAUUCUAAAAUCACUGCUCCCUCCUUAAUUUUUCGAUAAAGGUAAAUUGGUAAUUGGCCAACAUGGAAGAAACUAAUUCUAUUACUACGUGUUAUGUCAUUGCUUUUUUCAAUUUAUAUUUAUAUUCAUAUUUGUAAUCCGAAAUUCCCUCCUUCGUGUUAUAGUUUGCGCUCCUUUCACUUUAUAGUACAAGGCUGCCUUUGAAAAUCAAUCUUCCAGUCUCUUGGCACUACGAUUUUAUUCCUGCGGAUUUAAACUUGGCAAGUAAAAGAUUUCAACUCCAAUAUCAAUCCAUGACAAAUAGAAUAGAGUUCAAUAAAUGGAGGUGUAGAAGGAGAAUUAAAAUUGAAUUUUUGGUUGAAACUUACACACCUCUUGAGAUUGAAGAUUGAGUGGAUAAAAUUUUUAUUGUACAACGGAGAGUGGUGGCUAUUGGAUCUUUAGGUUUAUGCUUUUUGAAGCUAUCGCAACCUACUUCUAUCUUAAAACGACGAAUCAUUGAUAGAUUUACUGAAGUAGGUCGGUCGAUUAUUUAUUCAAACUACUAGAACUUAUAGAGAAGAGUGUCUAAUUUUCUUUCUUAUUACUUUGAUCGAGUCUAUUAGCAUAUUGGAGAUAACUCUAAUUUUGGCGUUUGCUCUCAAGUUGUGAUGAUCCCCUCUUAGCUGAGUUGUUAGCAUAUAGUUGACUUGAAUCAACAACUCUUCAUUUAUUUUUGAUUAGUGGCAUAUUAUUCCUAAAAGGAGAGCAUUGAACCUUUAUGUAGGAUUGUGAGGUUUAAGAUUUAGUUUCAAACUAUCUAUGGUUCAAGAGAGAAUUUCAGUGAGCUUUUAUACUCUAUCUUUCUUGACAAUCAACUAACCAACAACAUUUUACCGGAGACUUAAUUAUCAUUAUGAAAAUGAGUUCAAUUAUACAUUUUAAUAUUUCUCCAAAUGUUCAAUCUAUAUAUUCUCUCUUUAUGUAUCAUCUCGAUCGAAGAAUUGUCAAUCAAAUUAAACGGAUUGAUAGACUUAAACGUGACAUGAAAAUAUAAUUAAUCAAAUAUGAAUUUUCCGGCCAACAAGCCAGGUUAUGAGCUAGUCUACAAUAUAUAGAUAGUUGUAUAUUUUUCCAAAUGUUCGAUCUAUAUAUUCUCUCUUUAUGUAUUAUCUCGAUCGAAGAAUUGUCAAUCAAAUUAAACGGGUUGAUAGACUUAAACGUAACAUGAAAAUAUAAUUAAUAAAAUAUGAAUUUUCCG